AUGAGCCUGCUCGGGAGCUACCGCAAAAAGCCCAGCAAUGACGGGUACGAAUCUUUGCAGCUGGUGGAGAGCAACGGUGACUUCUGCGGGGGCAGCAAGGAGCGAGCCGGCGGCAGCAAGCAAGGGGUGAUCCCGGCCGUGUUGGCCGCAGCCCGGAGCCCGGCCCGACAGCAGCCGCAGCCGCAGCAUCUGGACGGCAGCAGCAGCACCAUGGACAGCUCAGGGGCAUCAUCGCCAGAUAUGGAAUCCACCUAUGGGGGAGGCUUACUAGACAUGGUGAAAGGAGGAGCAGGGCGACUCUUCAGCAACUUGAAGGAUAACCUGAAGGACACCCUAAAAGAUACCUCUUCAAAAGUUAUGCAAUCUGUUGCCAGUUACACCAAGGGAGAGCUAGAUAUUUCUUAUGUUACCUCAAGAAUCAUUGUUAUGUCUUUUCCUGCUGAAGGGGUUGAACUGGGGUUCAGGAAUCACAUUGAAGAUGUGCGGACGUUCUUAGAUUCACGACAUCCUGACCACUACACGGUCUUCAAUUUGUCACAGAAGUCUUAUCGUAGUGCCAAGUUUCAUAACAGGGUAUCUGAAUGUAGCUGGCCAAUGAGACAAGCGCCCAGUCUGCAUAAUCUCUAUGCUGUAUGUAAGAACAUGCACAACUGGUUACAGCAGAACCCCAAAAAUGUGUGUGUCAUCCAUUGCAUGGAUGGUCGCGCAGCAUCAGCAGUUCUGGUCAGCGCAAUGUUCUGUUUCUGUCAUCUCUUCUCUAGUCCAAUCCCAGCUCUUCAGUUGCUCAAUUCAAAGAGACCUGGAAUAGGACUCUGGCCAUCCCACAGAAGAUACCUUGGAUACAUUUGUGAUCUAAUAGCAGAAAAGCCCAUCCACCCUCACUGUAAGCCUCUUACUAUCAAAUCAGUCUCUCUCAGUCCGGUCCCCUGUUUCAAUAAACAGAGAAAUGGGUGUCGACCCUUCUGUGACAUUCUGAUUGGAGAAACCAGAAUCUUUACAACCUCCCAGGAAUAUGAAAGAAUGAAGGAAUUCCGUAUGCAAGAAGGGAAAGUCCUAAUUCCAUUAGGAGUUACUGUUCAUGGAGAUGUUGUCCUUUCUGUCUACCAUAUGAGAUCAACCAUUGGAGGACGACUUCAAGCAAAAAUGACAAACACACAGAUCUUCCAGAUUCAAUUUCAUACUGGAUUCAUAGCACUGGGAACAACUAUGCUAAAAUUUACAAAACCUGAACUGGAUGCAUGUGACUCCCCAGAAAAAUAUCCACAGCUGUUUCAUGUUACAUUGGAGAUAGAAAUAGAAUCUGCUGAUAGACAGACUGACCUGACUCCUCCCUGGGAGAACUUCACAACAAAAGACAUCAAUGCAAGCAUUCUUUUCUCCUCUCACCAGGAACAUCAAGAUGCUCUCGCCUUGGCAGGUCGAAGCUCUGUAGAUGCACCUCAGGAUAACAUAAAAAAUGUUGGACAGGGGGCAUUCCUCUCCUCUCUCAGCUGGCAAGAUCAGAAAUCCGACAAAAGCAGUUCUCACCCCACCUCUGAGGAUCGGGCAGCACUAGUGCAUGAGGAGAGUGAACAGUCCGACGAUGAACUCUUAUCCCUUUCCAGUCAGCACAGCAAUGCUAGCAGCGACAAAACCCAUGGGACUCCAAAACACAGCAAAAAGCAGCAAGAGCCUCCAGCACCACUUCCGCCUGAGGAUGUCGACCUUCUGGGUCUAGACGGUAGCCCUAUGAGCAAGAAUUUCCCUGCUCAGUCCACUGCUCUCCCCUCUAACUCAGACUUGCUGAGUGAUCUGUUUGGGGUCAGUGGUUCCAGGGCCCACAGCCAAGGUGGACAGGCAGCUGCUGAGGAUGUCUUUCACGUGGGUGGGCCUGGAUCUGCACACUCCACCCCUCGACGCUCUGCAGCUUCAGCAUCUCCAUCUCCAUCCCCAAGAGUAGGAGAAGCAACUGCCUUUGACCCAUUUGGAACUAGCCCAAAGCAAUCUGGUCCGGAUCUACUGGGUUCUUUUCUUGGUUCAUCAAAUGCCACUGGUGAUCCUUUCCUUCAAGCAACAAGAAGUCCUUCACCUACCGUGCACACUUCUAGUACACCAACGGUUGCCAUACAACCAGAUGUUUCAGGUGGCUGGGAGUGGUCCAACAAAUCAGGUGGCCUUGGUAUGGGAAGCAAGUCAGCCGCUACAAGUCCCACAGGAUCUCUCCAUAGCACUCCCACUCAUCAGUCCAAACCACAAACUCUGGAUCCAUUUGCUGAUUUGGGGGCUCUUAGGGGGUCUUCAUUUGCCAGCAAACCAACCACACCGACAGGAAUAAGUGGAGGAUUCCCUCCUAUGGGCUCUCCACAGAAACCAUCUCCCCAGCCAAUGGGAGGUAGUGGUUGGCAGCAAGGUGCCGGAUACUCCUGGCAACAAUCACAGUCCAAAUCCCAGCAAAACAUACCACAUGCCUCUCCACAGAACAGGCCCAACUACAAUGUGAGCUUUUCAGCAAUGCCUGGUGGGCAAAACGAUCGUGGGAAAGGACCAGCCAAUGCUGACUCAAAACCAAAGGUGUCUGCUGAUUUUGAAGACCUAUUAUCUGGUCAAGGCUUUAAUGCCCACAAAGACAGAAAGGGACCCAGAACAAUAGCUGAAAUGAGAAAAGAAGAAAUGGCUAAGGAGAUGGACCCUGAAAAGUUAAAAAUCCUAGAAUGGAUUGAAGGGAAGGAGAGAAACAUAAGAGCACUGCUGUCAACGAUGCACACCGUGUUAUGGGCUGGAGAGACUAAAUGGAAACCCAUCGGCAUGGCAGAUCUUGUAACUCCAGAACAAGUAAAGAAGGUCUACCGGAGAGCAGUGCUUGUUGUUCAUCCUGACAAAGCUACAGGGCAGCCAUAUGAACAGUAUGCAAAGAUGAUCUUCAUGGAGCUAAAUGAUGCCUGGUCAGAAUUUGAAAACCAAGGCCAAAAGCCUUUAUAUUAA